AUGCUCUUAACUGAAUAUUUUUGUCGAUGUGAUGUACGACUGUGGUUUAAUUUUAGGUAUGUGGGAAACUUGGAUGCGUCUAUUUCUGAAGAAUUUCUGGUCUCUUUGUUCAAUCAAAUAGGUUCCGUUAAUAAAUGUAAAAUCAUCCAUGAGGAAAUGAGAGUCAACUGGGCAACGUCUCCCGGAGCUCAAGCUAAAGUAGACACAAGCAAGCAUUUCCAUGUGUUCGUCGGUGAUUUAAGCCCAGAGAUUGACAAUAAGACGCUUCGAGAUGCCUUCGCACCUUUUGGGGAAAUAUCAGAUGUGAAAGUGAUUCGUGAUCUGCAGACAUUAAAGUCUAAGGGUUACGGCUUUGUGUCAUUCGUUCAGCGCGAGGAUGCAGAACGUGCAAUCGAGCAGAUGAAUGGUCAAUGGCUUGGCAGGCGAACCAUUCGGACGAACUGGGCUACCCGAAAGCCUGGAAUGCCAGGUAAAUGCCACUCUUUGUUGGAUGGCUUCCUGACGAUCGGACAGGAUGAUAUGCGAAAAGUAUUCGCAAAGUUUGGCACAAUCAUGGAAAUCAGGGUGUUCAAACAACAGGGCUACGCGUUCGUUCGUUUCGACAACAAGGAGUCGGCCGCCCACGCCAUCAUGAACAUCACCGGCUCAGAUAUAAACGGUGCAACUGUGCGAUGUUCAUGGGGCAAGGAAGGCGGCGGCGCAGUCAGCGUGCGUCUCUGUACUAUGGUCAAUAUCGGGCGAAUGCUCAACGCGUUGUUUGUUUUUCAGGUUGGCGGCGGUGGAGCGAUGUCCAGUUAUGGUUAUGGUUAUGGCUACGGUAACUACACCAAUCCCGCUAACUACUGGAAUCAGUAUUAUGCAAAUUAUUAUGCAAACCCUGCAAUGUAUCAACAACAGUGGCAAGGUUACUGGCAGGGGCAGCAGCCACAACAGUAG